AUGUCUAGUACAAAAUCUUCUAAAUUGCAAUUAAGUGACGAUAAAAAAGGAAGGGACGAUGUUGAUUUAGACAAAGAGCUUCUUCGGUCUCCGAACAUAUUUCAAGAAGGCUAUAAUUUCAAUACAUCCAGGGGCAAUAAAAUAUAUCAUGACAAAUUUAUUGAAAAAUGUCUUGUAAUUAUAUCAGUACUGUUCGUAUUAGUAGCAUUUCCGAUAUCUUUGUUUACUAUAUUUGUGGUAGUUCGUCAAUUUGAACGAGCGGUUAUUUUACGAAAUGGAAAAUUGCGUAAAAACAAAGCUUACGGGCCUGGACUUAUUCAAUACCUACCAUGUGUGGACACCAUCAAGUAUGUUGACUUGAGAAUUAUUUGUUAUGCUGUGCCACCUCAAGAGGCUUUAACUAAAGACGCUUUGACUGUUGCGGUGGAUGCAGUAGUUUACUACAAAAUUGACGACCCAAUUUGGGCGGUUGUCAACAUUGCCGAUUAUAAAGUAGCUACCCAAUAUUUAGCAGCUACAACCCUCCGAAAUGCUCUUGGAACUCGUAAACUAUCAGAAAUACUAAUUGACCGACCAGCAGUCAGCUACCAAGUCUUUGGUAACAUGAAGCAUCUGACCACCAACUGGGGAGUCAAGGUUGUGAGAUUUGAGGUGAAAGACAUCAGCUUACCACUGCAGUUACAGAAAACAAUGGCUACAGAAGCGGAGUCGUCGCGAUUGGCAAACGCUAAAAUAAUUGUAGCGAAGGCUGAAAUAGAAUCUACUAAGAAUCUGCAAAAAGCUACUAGUUUGCUCAUGGAUAAUCCUUAUUGCAUGCAGCUCAGAUACCUGCAAGCUCUACAGAUGAUUGCCGGCGAGAGAACGCAUACGGUUGUGCUUCCAAUUACACCAGAAAUGUUGAAGGGCCUGUAUAAGUGA